AUGGAGGAAAAACGGAGGAAAUUCUCAAUAAGCAGCGAUGACUCAGACACCACUGACAGUCAGACAACAUCAUUAUCAAGGUGUUCCAAAAUACCAACCACAAAAGCCACCUGUGCCAGGCAGAAGGAGAAGAAGCCAUCUGAGGUUUUCCGCACGGAUUUAAUAACGGCUAUGAAAGUACCAGACUCCUACCAGUUUGGACCAGAAGACUUUUACAUACUGGCUGAUCCAUGGAGGCAAGAUUGGGAGAAAGGGGUGCAGGUAACUGCAAAUAUAGAUGCAGUGCCUCAGCCACAGAUCAGAUAACACACAGAGCUGAAUGACUGCCCCCCCGCCCACACAAGCAACUAUUUACCUGAUUCAGAGUGUCCAGGGGGCUUACAGACCACACAGCAAGCAGUCUGCAGAUAUGACCUGGAUGAAGUGGAUACAUGCUGGUUAGAACUUGUUAACAAAGAGUUCAAAAAGAUGGACAUGCCACUUCUAGAAGAACUUACCUUAGAAAAGGUUUUAGAAGAGUUAGAGAUGCUCUGCCAUGAAAACAUAAGCCUUGCUAUUGAAAAGGAAGAAGGGCUGGGGAUUGAAUAUGAUGAAGAUGUCGUCUGUGAUGUUUGCCGGUCACCAGAAGGAGAGGAUGGGAAUGAGAUGGUUUUCUGUGAUAAGUGUAACGUCUGUGUGCACCAGGCUUGUUACGGAAUUCUGAAAGUCCCCACAGGAAACUGGCUGUGUCGAUCUUGUGCCCUGGGCGCUCAAGCUAAAUGUUUACUAUGCCCAAAGAGAGGAGGAGCUUUGAAACCUACAAGAAGUGGAACUAAGUGGGUCCAUGUCAGCUGUGCCUUAUGGAUACCUGAAGUAAGCAUUGGAUGCCCAGAGAAGAUGGAGCCUAUUACGAAGAUUUCACACAUCCCGCCAAGCAGAUGGGCUUUGUCCUGUAGCCUGUGCAAAGAAUGCACAGGUACUUGUAUUCAGGAACAGCAAGCCGCUUCCAUGCCUCAAUGGAGGUAG